CAGUCAUCUGGCUCAUCGUCGUCGUUUGACGCAACUACUGGGGUGUAUCCUUCGCUCUUGGACAUCGUGCAGUCGUUCUCGCCUUCUCAGCGCAAGGUCUGAAAGGGAUAGAAUUGCAGUUUUUCUCAACGCUCGGGAUUUGGAUACCUAAAUACUAUCCCCGCUCCCGAACGAACGAAAAAUGUCCGCGAUUAAUGCCAACUUGGCUUCCAAGAAGCUCAACGUCCUGGUCUAUUCUGGCAAUGGAUCCACGGUGGAGUCCGUUCGGCAUUGUCUUUACACUUUGCGGCGACUUCUAGCUUCAAAUUAUGCCGUCACCCCAGUCACCAGUGAUAUGAUCAUUAAGGAGCCAUGGACCUCCAGCUGCGCGUUGUUCGUUAUGCCUGGUGGUGCCGAUCUGGGGUAUUCCAGAGUACUUAAUGGUGAGGGCAAUAGAAGAAUUUCCACCUUUGUCCAGACAGGGGGCGCCUACCUGGGAUUUUGUGCCGGUGGCUAUUACGGAACCAAGAGGUGCGAGUUUGAGGUUGGGGACAAGACCAUGGAGGUCGUUGGUGAAAGAGAACUAGGUUUCUUCCCUGGGACUUGUCGAGGUUGUGCCUUUCCUGGUUUCGUCUAUCACAGUGAAGCGGGAGCUCGCGCGGCCGAGUUGAAGGUCUCAAAAACGGCCCUAAGCACUGGCACCGUCCCUGACGUGUUCCGGUCGUAUUACAACGGAGGAGGCGUAUUUGUGGAUGCGCCUCUGUACGCUGAUAGAGGAGUUGAAGUUUUGGCUAGCUACUCCGAGGAGCUUAACGUAGAUCCGGGAGAGGGAGCAGCAGCGGUAGUGUACUGCAAAGUUGGCGAGGGAGCGGCGAUAUUGACAGGGCCUCAUCCAGAGUUUGCGGCCGUGAAUCUAGACAAAAAGGCGGGCGGGCCUGAGUAUGCUAAAGUAGUUGAUGCUCUGGCGGAAGAUGACAAGGCUCGAACAGACUUUCUGAAAGCAUGCCUUGCGAAGUUAGGCCUUCAGGUCACUCAGGAGACAACAACAGUUCCAUCAUUAUCAACUCUUCAUUUGUCCGCGCUUCGUUCCGAAGAUACUAGUGAGCUCUUAUCGUCUCUGAGAGAGAGCAUCACCCAGGAAGACGGACGGGAAUAUCUGAAGGAUGAGAACGAUACGUUCUUCAUUGAAGCUCCCAAUGUCUGGAAGAUGGGAAAGCUGGAAGAAUCGCUUCCAGAAGUCGAAAAGAAAGAGGAAGCGAAAGAAGAGCCCGCAGAGCUUGUAGAAGGCAUCAUCGAUUACAACAAAAUCGUCAAGCAUGUCGUUGUUCACGACGAACUUCCGUCUUCAAAGGCCACGCCUUAUUUCAACCACUACGCCUUCUUCAGCAAUCUGCAGCACUACCGGUCAAAGUCUUCAGAACCUCUCUCGGAAUUUGGUUCUCAGAUCCUGUACGGAGAGGUCAUCACAAGCACGAGCACCAUACUCGAAAAGAAUCCAAAACUUCUUAACCACUUGCCCACUGGUUUUACUGCUACUGCCACAGUUCAAAUCGCGGGCAGGGGUCGAGGUUCAAAUGUCUGGGUCUCGCCAGCCGGAGCACUCAUAUUCUCUACAGUGAUACGUCACCCAAUAGAGAAGGUUCAGUCAGCACCAAUCGUUCUCAUCCAGUAUCUGGCAGCUAUGGCUGUGGUAAAAGGAAUCAAGAGCUAUGAUAAGGGUUAUGAAGAUAUGCCAGUUAAGCUAAAAUGGCCCAACGACAUCUAUGCUCUAGACCCGGAGCGUGCAGACGAAAAACGCUACACGAAGAUCUGCGGUAUUCUUGUCAACUCCCACUACACUUCUAAAGAGUACAUUGCCGUCGUGGGUAUCGGCCUGAACGCAACCAACGCGUCACCGACCACCUCGCUGAAUGCUGUGGUGGAUCACUUCUUGAAGAGUCGGAAAGCGGAACCUAUCACUCUAGAGAAACUUCUUGCUCGCAUCCUCACUGUGUUCGAAGAGCUCUACGCCCGCUUCCUGCGCGUGGGCUUCGACAAGACGUUUGAAGAUAUGUAUUACAGUGAUUGGUUGCACAUGAAUCAGAUCGUGACGCUUGAGGAAGAAGGUGGCGCUCGAGCCCGGAUCAAGGGAAUUACAAGGGAUUAUGGAUUGUUGCUCGCAGAGGAGCUUGGUUGGCAGGACCGGCCCACGGGAAGGGUGUGGCAGUUGCAGAGCGACAGUAACAGCUUUGAUUUCUUCAGAGGGUUGGUCAAAAGGAAGGUCUGAGCUUCUUCCUCAAUCUAAGCUUCAAUAUCUGGUAUAUAGUUACACAUAUAUAUCUUGAAGGGGAUACGUGGGUACCUUAGUGUCCGAACUACAAGGACAAGCUGUAAUUGUCUCUCUAUCAUACGUAGUUCCGCAGUGAUUUCUUGACUUUGAGAGAAUAAUAUGUCGAUGGCGGUUGCCUAUUUAACCGACUCCUUUUGCUUUACGGAAUUCUCCGCUCAUGUACCUUUCCUAAGGAAACUGGCCUUCGCUGUUGCCCGGUGUUUCUGACGUAAACUACCAGCUAAUACAUGGUAACAGAACUGACCGACACUAGAAAAAGGCGGGUUUUG